CUCUGUCAUCCAUAUUUACUUGAACAAAUCACAACAACAGAAAUCUGAUUCUUGAUUACUCCAAAAAUUUAACAAUAAAAAACAAAAGUUGAUUUUUAUCUGAUAUCUUUUUCGAAUCUGUGGACAUUAGAAAUCUGAAACGAGGAAAGAGAAAGAAAGAGAGAUAGAGAGGGAGAAAAGAUGGGUUCUGAGGAUGAUGAAAGAGCACUUUUGGAAGCUAAUAUUUUGCAGAAUGAAGGCAGUGGCCUCUACGCCGGAGAUGGUUCAGUUGACUCAAAGGGGAAGCCUGCUCUCAAAAAUGAUACUGGACAGUGGAAAGCAUGCUCCUUCAUUCUUGGUACCUUUUUCUGUGAACGCUUGGCCUUCUAUGGGAUUUCUACCAAUCUUGUCAACUAUUUCAUCGAGAAACUACACGAAAGAACUGUUGUUGCUUCAACAAAUAUUACUAAUUGGAAAGGAACUUGCUAUAUUACACCCCUCAUUGGGGCCAUCUUAGCUGACACUUAUUGGGGAAGAUAUUGGACAAUUGCUGGUUUCACCACAGUCUACUUAAUUGGAAUGUGUACACUGACUCUCUCAGCAUCCGUCUCAGCACUGAAGCCUGCUGAAUGUGUUGUUUCUUUAUGCCCUUCAGCUACUACCGCACAGUAUGCAGUGUUCCUCACUGGACUAUAUCUGAUUGCAUUAGGGACCGGCGGGAUCAAACCUUGUAUAUGGCCUUUUGGGGCGGACCAGUUUGAUGAUACCGAUCCCAAGGAAAGGGUGAAGAAGGGAUCCUAUUUCAACUGGUUUUACUUUUCUCAAAACAUUGGUGCUAUUAUAGCAAGCAGUUUACUGGUGUGGGUUCAGGACAAUGUUGGUUGGGGAAUUGGAUUUGGAAUUCCUACAGCGCUUAUGGGUGUUUGUAUUGCAAGUUUAUUGAUAGGCACACCUCUAUAUCGAUUUCAGAAACCAGGCGGAAGCCCUCUAACAAGAAUAUGCCAGGUUUUGGUUGCAUCAUUCCGCAAAAGGAAUCUGAAGGUGCUUGUGGACAACAGUCCCCUUCAUGAAACACAAGACAGAAGCUCUGCCAUUGAAGGGAGUCGUAAACUUGAGCACAGCAAUGAACUAAGGUGCCUUGAUAAAGCUGCCGUGAUAUCAGAUGCUGACAUUGAACAUGGGGACUUGUGUAAUCCAUGGAGGCUUUGUACCAUUACACAGGUGGAGGAACUGAAGAUUUUGAUCCGCAUGUUUCCAAUAUGGGCAACAGGAAUUGUGUUUUCUGCUGUGUUUGCCCAAAUGUCCACACUAUUUGUGGUACAAGGGAAGCUGAUGAAAAGAACUCUGGGUUCUGUCACCAUUCCUGCAGCGUCUCUCUCAUUUUUUGAUUUCGUAAGUGUUAUUAUCUGGGUCCCCAUCUACGAUAGCAUAAUCAUCCCAAUCGUUAAAAAGUUUACAAGCAAGGAGAGGGGCUUCUCGCAGUUGCAACGGAUGGGAAUCGGGUUGUUUGUAUCGAUUCUAUGUAUGGCAGCUGCUGCAUUGGUAGAGAUUAAGCGAUUGCAGCUUGUUGCGGAGCUUGGAUUGGAAGACGAAAAGGUUGCUGUACCACUUAGUAUACUUUGGCAAAUUCCCCAGUACUUCUUGUUGGGCGCUGCAGAAGUUUUUACGUUCAUUGGACAGCAUGAGUUCUACUAUGAGCAAGCUCCAGAUGCCAUGAGGAGUUUGUGCAGUGCAUUGUCUCUUCUCACAAAUUCAUUGGGGAAUUACCUCAGCUCUCUGAUUCUGACAAUUGUAACUUACAUCACAACAAAGGGUGGGAAGGCUGGAUGGAUUCCAGAUAACUUGAAUGAGGGCCAUCUUGAUUAUUUCUACUGGCUUUUAGCUGGACUCAGCUUCUUAAAUUUGGUGGUGUACAUGGUCUUUUCCAGAAACUACGAAGAGAAGAAGGCUGCUGCUGCUGCUUAAGAUCUCAACAAGGCAUUCUUUCAACUUAAGAUCUCUUCUCACCAAGGGAUUGUUUCCUAUAUCAUUCUAAAUAGAAGUUUGAUAUGUAACAAGUUUCCAAUGUAGCAUUAUUUCUGGAAAAAAUGCUUACAAUUACAACUAUUGUUGUAAAAGAAUUCUGUAUCUACAUAUACAUUGUGUAUAUGAGCAUUACAUGCUCUGCAAUUGUAAGUUUCCGGUAGUCAAAAGGAGUAUGUAAUUGGAUUGACGAUGGUUAAGUAAUUUCUCAACCAUCAUUCUUUCAGCAAUAAAGUCGCCCUUUGUUUU